CAUCCAUCCAUCCAUCCAUCCAUCCAUCCAUCCAUACAUACAUCCAUACGUUGUCAUCCCUCCCAAGACCUCAAUAGCUGCAUCUUUUGCGCUGCCAAGCGGAAUAUUUCUUGUCAAUUGCUACUACCUUGCCUUGCCCUUUUCCUAUUGACUCUUCUUGUUCAGCCCAGGUUUUCCCUUAUAUCCGAGGGCGUCAACGUCAAGACUACUCGAGAAGAAUAAGAGGGGUCAAUUGCCCGAGCACUAUCUUCCUUACCAAUACCUCAUUCGGCCCAGUCCGAUUUGUGAUUCCAUUAAUCGUAGCAGAAUAAUAGAAAAAGUUACAAUUGAUUCAUCUUUUCCUUCCUCACUUUGAGAGAUACCGACUCAAAGAAGUCUUUUUCAAUUUUCUUACUUAUAAUUUUUUCAAAGAUGUCAGGCACAUCGACCGACAAACAGCCGCAAUCGCAACCAGUUCAAGCUCAACCAAGUCAAGAAACUCCUCUCAGUCCGAAUCAAUCAUCUCCCGACCUGGAGCCCGCAGAGGAUUGGCCUGCGCCUUCAUCGCAACCACGUCCUGCGCCCUUGCAAAAGAGGAGACGAGUUACAAGGGCGUGUGAUGAAUGUAGGAGGAAGAAAAUAAAGUGUGAUGGAAAGCAACCUUGUACUCAUUGCACUGUAUAUAGUUAUGAUUGUACAUAUGAUCAGCCCUCAAAUAGAAGAAGGAACCCCGCGCCGCAGUAUGUCGAAUCGUUGGAGCUUCGUCUACAACGAGCAGAAAGCAUCAUAAAAGCUUAUCUUCCAAACAUAAAUCUGAACGAUCCAAACAUAGAUGCUGCAUCAUUACUACACCGACAGGUUGCGCCGACGACCCCUUCGACUACGAGCUCCAUGCCAAGUGCGACCCCACAACAGCCACAGCUAUCAGAAGAAGAUGCGCAGUUGCGAUCAAUGAUAGAAUCUACAGGGCAACUCGAUCUUGAUGAACGUGGAAACUGGGACUUUCAUGGUGGUUCCUCGGGAACUGUUUUCAUUAGACGUCUGCGUGAACAAUUUGGUAGUUUACUCGGAUCUCCCAACUUGCUUCCCAAGCCACCACGUGCGCAAAUGCCGCCCACUUUCGAUUCUCCAAGAUCAUCGACUGAUUCCCCUUAUGAUUCUGGUCUUCCCAACACAAUGGAUCUACCUCCGCGAGAAGUAGCCAUGUCUUUAUGUGAAGAUUCAUUACAUUGCGCUUGUUGUCUCUUACGUUUCGUUCAUGAACCCAGUUUUUAUGAAAUGUUUAAUAGGGUAUACGAUCUACCACCUGACAGUUUUGGUGAUGAAGAGCAUAAAUUUCUGCCGUUACUAUACAUGGCUUUAGCUUUGGGUUGCAUGUUCUCGUCACGGCCCUCCAGUUCCACGGACCCGGAUGGAAAGAAGUAUAAGAGUAGUAUGGAUCAAGGAUUUAAAUAUUACAAAGCCGCUCGGCAAAUGAUGGAUCUCACUGAUUGUCGCGACAUGACGUCUUUGCAAACAAUCAUAUUCAUGAUCCUGUUCUUACAAGCAACAUCAAACUUGAGCAUAUGUUAUUCUUACAUAGGUCUUGCCCUAAGAUCUGCGUUGCGCAUAGGCUUACACCGUAGCCUCAGUGGCAAUUUCAAUCCUAUUGAGCGGGAAACUAGAAAGCGAGUAUUCUGGAUAAUUCGAAAGCUUGAUACCUAUGUUUCUGCUAUUCUAGGAUUUCCUAUCAUGUUAAGUAGCGACGACAUAGACCAAGAUAUGCCACUUGAGGUAGACGAUGAGUAUAUAACUAAGGAAGCCAUACUCCCUAUGCCUCCUGGCAAGAUGUCAUUGUUUGUAGCUUCAAAUGCUCAUACUCGACUCAUGGGUAUUACAACAAAGGUUGUCAAACACAUCUAUCCAAUCAAAGGCUUGGAGCAAUCUAUCACGGGCAACAGCAAGGCGUCAUAUACCAUUAGUCACUCAAAAAUCCGAGAGAUUGAAAAGGAUCUAGCAGAUUGGCUGGACAUGUUACCCAUGGGACUACGUCCUGGAGGUGACGGUCCACCCGAAUUGAUACGUAUACAACAACUAUUACGGCUAGCAUACGCCCACGUUCAAAUGAUGCUAUAUCGACCCUUUCUUCACUAUGUCUCGGGAAAAAGUUGUGCCGGGAAAACCAUUGAUGAGCGAUCAUAUGCAUGUGCAGCUGCCUGUGUCAGUGUAGCCCGCAAUAUCAUUCAUAUUACCGCAGAGAUGAAGAAGAAAGGUCUAUUGGUAGGGGCAUAUUGGUUUACCAUGUAUACAACCUUCUUUUCUGUCAUAUCCUUGGUAUACUACGUUCUUGAGAAUCCCGAUAAGAAUGGAGCCGCAGAGAUUUUGGCAGACGCAAAUGAUGGAAAGGAUGCUCUAAUUGGUCUAGCUCAAAGAAGCAUGGCCGCUGAUAGGUGUUCUGAAACUCUCAAGCCACUGUUUGAACAACUACCAGAGAAGUUAAAAAAUCGUUCCGUUUCGGUUCCAUCGAAGAAGAAAAGAUUAGCACCGCCAUCUACUCAACCGGCGCACCACAGUAGUCCCGAGAUUCCAAGACCAAAUUCGAGUCACUUUACUCCAAUACCUCGCGCGACGACAUUCCCUCAAACCCCCACCCCUCUUCAAACCAACGGUCUUCCAAUGCAAAAUUUGAACAACCGCUUCCACAUGAACACAGCAUCCAAUCCAAAUCUUCGACAAGGGUUUCAAGAUCUCGUAUCACCAAGUGAUUUGUCCACGGCUGGCACUCCUGAAAGCACAGCUUCGACUAGUCACAGCAUUUCACAAUAUGGUGUACAAAAUCAAUUCAAUGCUAAUAACAGUAUCCCAUAUCUCACAGGGUUGAUGUUUCCAUCUACAGAUCCUUUUGCGUAUCCGAAUCAACCAAUGAUGGAAUUCGAUGCACAAAUUAUGAAGCAGGAGAAUGAUAUGGAUAAUACAAGGGCGCAGCAAAUGUAUAUGGGUGGUGGAGCAGGGACUGGAAAUGGAAUGUUUGAUGAUUUGGAGGGACAACUUUUCGGUCCGUUACCCCCUUAUAUGAUGCAGGCCCAGCAUGAUUUCGAUAUGUCUGGGGCGGGACCGGGAGGUGGAAACGGCGGAGUUGGCGGCGGGGGCAUGGGUGGGAUGAUGCACGGGACAACCGCGAAUACGAACACAAGUGGAACCGGAAGUACAGGGUUCAAUCCUCAGAAUUUGGUGUAUAACACUGGGAUGAAUUUGGACGGAAUUUUCGAUAAUGUUGGGAGUGACACGCGAGGAACAGGGAGUGAGUGGGGUGGAAUGGGAGGUCAAGGGUUUAGGUGAGAGAGGAGCUUAGAUGGAACUCAUCGAAUGAGGACAUUGUUACAUUCUACCAAGUUGAUGGAAAUCAACAGACUGCUUCAUCUUCAGCGAAGAGGUUCAGUAUUGUACGGCACGGAUCGGCAUGGACGAGUUAACGGGGAAUGGGACUAUUUGGAGGCCAAUUUUUCUUUGAAAGAAAAGGAUAGGAAAGAGCAAGUGAUCUUGAUGCGAUUCAAGAUUACUUACUUCCUCCAUCACAUGGUCGAAAUGUAUCAAGGGGUAUAUGUAUGGUUUCAAAAAUCCGAAUUGGUAAUGUGUAAAUGAUGCAUUGUAUUAUACCUCGGGCGUCUGAUUUUGAUGGUAGUGGGAGAUAGGGUAGGAUAGGGGGAGGGGUAAACAUACAGGAUUGGAUGACAUGGAAUGGCAUGGAAUAAGAUAGGAUCAGCGUUAUGGUUCUGGUUCUGGUUAUGGACAUGUUUUACGGAUAGAGAUUUAGGUGUUGUACAGAGGAUAUGGAGUUUGAUUUUGUGAUUGAUUUUGAGUUUGAGUUUUAGGUGGGAAUGAAAUGGAUUGGAUUGGAUUGGAUGGUUUAGAAUUGUAUGGAAUUUGUAUGGAAUUUGUAUGACAUUAAAAUGAAGUGAAUGGAAGUUUUUAUUCAGAUGAUGUCUCUUUGUUCUCUUCUCUGUUAUCUUUUUUUCGUUUCUCU